CUACCGCGUUUUCGAAAAACAAGCCGCGGGUCACACUGUCCCAACGCGUGAAAAUUAAUAAUUAAUUAUUUGCUGAAAACUAAAAACGCUGGCGAAAACAUGCAUACAACUAUGUGCAACAACGGCCGAGCGCAGUUCUCCGUUUCCGGGCAUUUGUGAAAGCACGUUGCGCGAACCCGCAGGCAGUGUGUGGCUAAAAAAAGGCGAUGUGCAGUUAUGAUUUAGCAAAAACAACAAGGCCCAAAAGUGCUAAUAAAAAAUACACACACCCAUACCGCCACACACAUACGCGCGCGCAGGAAUAGCAAAGGUGAAAAUUAUAAAUUAAUAAAUGCGAGGUCCGAUAGCAUAUCAAAUUAGCGAAAUAUGCUCGGUUUUCGUGCUGCGGAGCGAUCAAAAACUGUGAAUUGCAACAGAAAAUAAUUUCAAGGUUUGCAGCAGGCGAAUAGAAGGCAAAAAGGAAAAGGAAACGCAACCAAAAAUAAGCACCAAGAAGCCGUUACAAUUAUAAUACCAUAAAUUAUAAUAGGAAACCAAGAGGAAACAUAACCAAAACAAGCAGCAAACUAUAACUAACAACGAGAUGAAGUACCAAACUGGAACAACUGACAACAGUGCAUCAGCGCACGAGAUGCACCAGCUCCCCAGCACAUCCACGCCCAAGGAGGCAGCAGCAACAGCAGUUGCAGCCACGACGACGGCCACACAGGCCAAUGGCAAUUCCAACCCGAACCCCAAUCCCAGCCAGAACCAGAACCAGGCGUCCAAUGCUCUGUUCUGCGAGCAGGUGACCACAGUGACAAAUCUCUUUGAGAAGUGGAACGACUGCGAGCGAACCGUUGUGAUGUACGCGCUGCUAAAGCGUCUGCGCUACCCGAGCCUCAAGUUCCUUCAGUAUUCGAUUGACAGCAAUCUGACCCAGAAUCUGGGCACCUCGCAGACGAACCUCAGCAGCGUGGUCAUAGACAUCAAUGCGAACAAUCCGGCGUAUUUGCAGAAUCUGCUGAAUGCCUACAAGACGUUCCAGCCCUGCGAUCUCCUCGAUGCCAUGUCCUCCUCGUCAUCGGAUAAGGAUUCGAUGCCAUGCUACGGCAGUGACUUUCAGAUCACCACAUCGGCGCAGUGCGACGAGCGGAAGCUGUACGCCCGCAAGGAGGACAUACUGCACGAGGUGCUCAACAUGCUGCCGCUGCUGAAGCCCGGCAACGAGGAGGCCAAGCUCAUCUACCUGACCCUAAUUCCGGUGGCCGUCAAGGACACCAUGCAGCAGAUUGUGCCCACGGAGCUGGUGCAGCAGAUCUUCUCAUACCUGCUCAUCCAUCCGGCUAUCACCAGCGACGACCGACGGUCGCUCAAUAUCUGGCUGCGUCACCUGGAGGAUCACAUCCAGGCGGCGGCGGCGGGCCUGACUAAUCGCAGCUACUUCCUGCAGCCCUCCCCGCAACUGGUGGCCGGUGGAAGCUCCACAGGCAGUGGUAGCUGCUCCUCGUCAGCGGCCAGCUCCUCGACAGCCUCCUGUUCGUCGGUGGCCAGUGGCAGCCGAUCUUCGCGUACCAACGACUGGCAAACGAUUGCUCCGCCCAGCAAGCAGCUGCAGCUCAAGCUGGCCGGCAGUGGAGACUGGCGCGGCAGCGCAGGAGGAGCUGGAGCCGGCGGCAGCUCCAACGGAUCGAUCAAUCCACUCUGUGAUAAUCUAAAUGGUAUUACCCUGAACGAAUUAGCAUCUAGUCAGAAUAGCCUCGGCCUGUCACUUGAGGGCAGCUCUUCGCUGGUCAACGGCGUCGUUGCUGGAGCGGCAGCGGGCUCGAUGCUUGGAAUUGGUGGCGGCGACGACCAUGACACGUCGUUCAGCAAGAAUGGCACGGAAAUACUUGACUUUGAUCCGUCCACGGCGGACAUGGGAGAGGCCUGCAGCAGCAGCAGCCUGGCCAGCACCAGUAAUCUAUGCCGCAAUUCGUCGGCAGUGGACGCCCUCAACGAUCGCUUGCAGCCGCCGCAGCAUCUCCAGCAGCAGCAGUUCCUCCAGGCCCCGCCCUAUGCCUCGAUCCUGAUGGGCAAUGUAGGCGAUCAGUUUGGCGACAUCAAUCGCUGGAGUCUGGACAGCAAGAUUGCGGCACUGAAGACGCGACGCUCCAACAGUCUCACCACACAAACGAUCUCCAGCUGCUCCAGCUCAUCCAACUCAUCGGUGAUCACCGUCAACGACAACUGCUCCAAUUCCACGGAGAACCUGGCCCAGUUUGCCAACAAGCCGCGUAGCUUCUCCCUCUCCAUUGAGCACCAGCGCGGAGCCCUGGCCAACAGUGGCUCCGAUACGCGGUUGGACGAGUUCAAGCCCAACUACAUCAAGUUCCACACCCGCAAUGUGGGCAUGUCAGGCAUUGGCCUCUGGCUAAAGUCCCUGCGCCUGCACAAGUACAUCGAGCUGUUCAAGAACAUGACGUACGAGGAGAUGCUGCUGAUCACCGAGGACUUUUUGCAGAGCGUUGGAGUGACAAAAGGGGCCUCCCACAAGCUGGCCCUGUGUAUCGAAAAGCUGAAAGAGCGAGCCCACAUUCUUGGUCGUGUCGAACAGGAGCUAAUUACGGGCCAAAUGAAGCUGAGCACGGCGGUCGAGGAGCUAACGAACAUUGUGUUGACGCCGAUGAAACCAGUGGAGGCCAUUGGGCCGCCGGAGGAGAACAUUGGACUGCGCUUCCUCAAGGUCAUCGAUAUUGUGAGUAAUACUCUGCAGCAGGAUCCGUAUGCUGCGCAGGACGACGAGACCCUGGGAGUGUUUAUGUGGAUACUGGACCGCUCCAUACAUAACGAGGCAUUCAUGAACCAUGCCAAUCAGCUUAAGGAGCUGAAGUUCAAGUUGUCCAAGCUGAAGAUCUCCAUGGUGCCGAAGUUGCAUCAUGUGAAGCCGGGAGUAGUGAGCGGUCCCAGCAAUGGAAGCAUAAACAAACCAAGAUGGAAUGGCAAGACUCGCAAGUGCGAUACGAAGAACGGCAGCAACGACAGGAUUAACAACCGCAAGAACUCCAACGACAUGCUGAAUUUCUCGUUAAACUGCCUCCAGCAUCCGCUGCCCCACCAUCCACAGCAGCAACAGCCGCUCCCGCCGCCGCCGUUGCCGCAGUUCGACUACAAUGGCUACGGUGGCGGUCCGUCGCAUCAGCCGCAGUACAAGAGCUCCUCCUACCCCAGUUUCAUGGGUAAUCCGCAGCAGCAGCAGCCCCUCAAGCCGCACCAUCAUGCCCAGCAAAUGCAACAGAUGCUGCAGCAGCACAAUCACUUUCCGGCUCUGCCACAGCAGACACCGCCACAGUCGCACCGCCGAUCGCUGAACAAUCUGAUCCUGGUGGCCGGCGGACCGCAGCAGCCACAGCAGCUGAUCUUCAAGCCCGGCCAGGGAGUGCUGACCAACAGUGGAUCCAACGACAGCUUGGUGAUGGAGCGCAAUCAGCAGCAGCAGCAGCGGAAGCUCAGCGGAAAUGGAGGAACCCUGUCCAGUGGGGAGCAGCAACCAAAGAAGACAAUGGCCGCCGUUGUGAUGGUUAGUAAUCAAAGUCAGGAGCAGCAGCAGCAGCAUGAUCAGCAGCCGCAGAUCCUGAUCAGCAGCAACAACAACAAUAACAACAGCAUGCUGAAUAACAAUUUGAUAAAUCAACAGCAGCUGCAACUGCUGGCUGCAGCCGCCGCCGCUGUCAGCAAUGGCAGCUGUCUGUGCUCCAAUGGUGGCGGUGUAAAUGGUAGUGCCUGUGGCCACAAUCUCUGUCAGCAAAGCAGCAAGAAUAACAAUGCCGUUGAUCAUUGCCUGUCCCAGCCAGGACUGGUGGGCCUGGGCGGAAUGUCGCCCCACGUCGCCGAGUACAAGCUGAACGAUUUCAAGAGUCUGGAACAACUCGAGACGCUGUGCCGCCAAAUGACUGAGCAGGCCAUGAACUGAGCCAGCUGCCAGCACACACACUCUUUUGUGUUCACACCUAGCUUUGAACCGUGUUUAAAGUUUGAUUUUGCAAGAAACGAACAUUAAUGUUUUUAUACAUAUAUAUAUAUAUAUAGUUUUGUAAAAAUCGUAUCUAUGUUUGUGACGCGUCUAGUUCUGCCCCCUGUCAUGCCGUUUUGUAAUCGUUUUUAGUUCGUAAGCCGAUAUAUAGUUUGUUUAAAUGUUAAGUUUAUUAAUUAUGUGUGCCAAGAGACGCUCCCAGAAGCUGCUCUCCAGCUGGUCGUGCUCGCAGGUCCAACGGCUGGCCGUUGGGAACCCAUGGAGCCCAGUUUGCCUCUGCACCAUCCCCAGGUCAGCUGGCGGGCAGCGGGGCGUGGCAAUGUCAAUGUUAUUAAUGUCUAGGUUUCGUAAAUGUUCGUCGCCAUUUCUGUAGUUCAACUAACAACACACACACACCACACACAC